AUGGCUCUUUCCCCUCUUUCUUUCCGUCCCCAUCCUUUCCAGCAUCACAACUCUAGGGUCAGGGGGGCACCCGGCCCGAGUGCUGAUGGCGGUGCAGCUGAUGGCGGUGCAGCUGAUGGCGGUGCAGCUGAUGGCGGUGCAGCUGAUGGCGGUGCAGCUGAUGGCGGUGCAGCUGAUGGCGUUGCAGCUGAUGGCGGUGCAGCUGAUGGCGGUGCAGCUGAUGGCGGUGCAGCUGAUGGCGGUGCAGCUGAUGGCGGUGCAGCUGAUGGCGGUGCAGCUGAUGGCGGUGCAGCUGAUGGCGGUGCAGCUGAUGGCGGUGCAGCUGAUGGCGGUGCAGCUGAUGGCGGUGCAGCUGAUGGCGGUGCAGCUGAUGGCGGUGCAGCUGAUGGCGGUGCAGCUGAUGGCGGUGCAGCUGAUGGCGGUGCAGCUGAUGGCGGUGCAGCUGAUGGCGGUGCAGCUGAUGGCGGUGCAGCUGAUGGCGGUGCAGCUGAUGGCGGUGCAGCUGAUGGCGGUGCAGCUGAUGGCGGUGCAGCUGAUGGCGGUGGUGCUAAUGGCUCUUUUUGCCCUCUUUUUGUCCUUCCCGCCCAUCCCGUGCAUCCCAGCAUCACAACUCUAGGGUCAGGGGGGCACCCGGCCCGAGUGGUGGUGUCUGCUCUCGACCUCGCAGGCUCUUCUGGUGCAGGCACAACUGGGGGCGGCGCAGGUGCUGCAAGAAGGGGAGGAAAUGGUGGUGCCGCUUCUGCUUUUGCCUCUGCUGCUGGUGCCAUGAGUGGUGGUGGUGGCAGUGGCAGGAGGGGGAGCAGCAGGCAACGACUUGGUUGGCGGAUGGAGAGGCAGUUUGUGUCGCAUGGCAGCGUGUGGGCGUGUGAAUGCUCAUCGAGACAAGGGGAGAUCGGAGUAGGCACCUCCCUGGGAGCGCAGCUGCUGCAAGUGGAGACGGGGCAACGGACGGCCCUGUGCCACAGCAACAGUGACGUGCUGGCAUUGCAGGUCACAGGGGAGGGCAGUGUCUGCUUGGCUGGCUUCCGCAACGGCGCCAUCGCCACCAUCGACACGCGUGCUCCCCUGCCCACCUCCAUGCAGAUAAUGAAGCGGAGUGACUUCUACCUCUUUGCAUCCUCAUUUGAUGGAUCCUUGUUCCAAUGGGACCUCCGCUCCACAGCAUCACCUCUGCGCCAGUUGCAGGGGCACGUCAACUCGCAUCUUCGCCUGCCAUUGCUGCUCGAUCCUUCGGAGAACUUCCUCUGCGCACCUGGAAAUGACUCCAUCGUUCGCAUCUGGAGUGUAUCAACAGGUGCACUGCUGUCAGCCGCUCGCCUUUCUGAUAACGCAACCGCUGCGGCCUGGCCAAGCACUUAUGGUCUGGAUAAUGGAAUGUGUGAUUUGGCAGAUGGUGUUUUCCUCGUCCGUCUCUCUCCAUCUUCCUCUUCCGAACGCCACGUCAGCGGAAGCUCUCCGUUAGAAUCACAACUAUCGCUUCUAUCUGGAACCGCAUCUCAGCAGCAGUCUCUCAGCUCUCGCUCUCUCGUCGUUCUCAAGCUCGCAUGGCAACAGCAGCAGCAACGGCAGAGGUUUCUCGGAGAAUCGAGGCUUGCGAAGGUGCCCAUCGAGCGAAUCCGCAACUUCAGCAUCAUCGCGCACAUCGACCACGGCAAGUCGACCCUGGCGGACAAGCUGCUCGAGACGACGGGCACGGUGCAGGCGAGGGAAAUGAAGGAGCAGUUCCUCGAUAACAUGGAGCUGGAGAGGGAGCGAGGGAUCACAAUCAAGUUGCAGGCAGCGCGCAUGCGGCAUGUGUCAAGGGUGGACGGCAAGGCGUACUGUCUGAACCUCAUUGACACGCCCGGCCACGUGGACUUCAGCUACGAGGUGUCCCGCUCGCUGGCUGCCUGCGAGGGCGCGCUGCUGGUGGUGGACGCGUCUCAGGGCGUGGAGGCACAGACACUAGCUAACGUUUACCUGGCGAUAGAGGGCAACCUCGAGAUCAUUCCGGUGCUGAACAAAAUUGAUCUCCCGGGAGCCGAUCCAGAAAGAGUGAGAGCAGAGGUGGAGGAGGUGGUGGGGUUAGACGCAUCAGACGCCAUCCUGUGCUCCGCCAAGGAGGGCGUGGGCAUUCAGAACAUUCUGGAAGCCAUCAUUGCCAAAGUGCCGCCCCCUGCUCCCACCAGAGACCAGCCGCUGCGCUGCCUCAUCUUCGACAGCUACUACGACCCAUAUCGAGGCGUCAUUGUCUACUUCAGGGUGGUGGACGGCGAGGUGCGCAAGGGCGACAGCGUGCGCUUCAUGGCGAGUGGCAAGCAGUACGAGGUGGACGAGCUGGGCGUGCUCUCGCCCACGCAGAUGCCUGUUGACUGCCUCUAUGCGGGCGAGGUGGGGUAUCUAGCAGCAUCUAUCCGUCAAGUGGCAGACGCGAGGGUGGGAGACACAAUCACCCACGCAGGAGGAGCGGGCAAGGGCGGUCCACCCGCCAAGGAGUCCCUCCCCGGGUACAGGGAGGCGGUGCCGAUGGUGUUCUGCGGGCUCUUCCCCAUCGACGCCGAUCAGUUCCCCUCCUUGAGAGAAGCCCUUGAGAAAUUGCAGCUCAACGAUGCUGCUCUGCAGUUUGAGCCGGAGAGCAGCAGUGCCAUGGGCUUUGGCUUCCGCUGUGGCUUCCUGGGCCUACUGCACAUGGACGUGGUGCAGGAGCGGCUAGAGCGAGAGUAUGGGUUGGAUCUGAUCACAACAGCGCCCAGUGUGGUGUACCGCGUGGUGAAGCGGGACGGGUCAGUGGUGGAGUGUUCCAACCCCGCUGACAUGCCCGACGCCUCU